UCACACACGCAACACAUAAAGCUACCUCUUAACAACAGCUACCACUAGCUCUUACAACGAGCCAGCUUGCAGUACAGAGAAGAGGCAAUGAGCAGCGGGGUGUGGUUUCCUGCACUGGGGCUGGUGGCCUGGCUGUGCUGCCUCAGGCUGGAGCCAGUUCAGGGGGAGAAGGUGCUGGUUGUGCCUAUGGAUGGAAGUCACUGGCUUAGCAUGAAGAUACUGGUGAAGGAGCUGAGCCACAGGGGCCAUGAGGUUUUGCUGCUGGUGCCUGAAUACAGCCUGCUGAUGAAUAGUUCAGACAGCUUCAAGACAGAGUUCUACCCAGUGUCCUUUACCAAAGCUGAACUGGAUGGAAAACUAAACGAGCUUGCGAAUGGAGUAUUCCUCAAGCCACCGGAAUUCACAGAUCUGUUUAUCAAUGUGCAGCGUCUGGUUAGCUUUACUUCACUGCAGGUCAGAGGCUGCGAGAGUUUGUUGAACAACCAGCCUCUUAUGAGUCAACUGAAGGAUGAGGGAUUCGAUCUUGUGCUCACAGACCCCUUUCUUCCCUGUGGCUCCAUUCUGGCUCAUGUCUUUUCUAUUCCAGUGGUCUAUUUCCUGAAUGGACUUCCAUGUGAGCUGCAUGCAAAGGCUAGCCAGUGUCCCUCUCCUCCUUCCUACGUUCCUGUGGCCUAUUCUGGUAAUACAGACAUCAUGACCUUCCCACAGAGAGUCAAAAACAUGUUGAUGUCUACAAUGGAGUCCUACUUGUGCAGAAUAAUGUAUGUCCACUUUGACGAUCUGGUCAGCAAUUAUUUAGGAAACAACAUGAACUACAAGGACCUUCUUAGUCAUGGCGCUAUGUGGCUUCUCAGAUAUGACUUUGCUUUUCAAAGACCCAGACCUCUCAUGCCAAACAUGGUUUUAAUUGGAGGUAUCAAUUGUGCAAAGAAAGCUCCUCUGCCAGCGGACUUGGAGGAGUUCGUGGAUGGCUCAGGGGACGACGGCUUUAUUGUCUUUACUCUGGGCUCAAUGGUAUCCAGCAUGCCUGAGGAUAAGGCUAAACAGUUCUUUGAGGCCUUUCGGCAAAUUCCUCAAAGGGUUCUGUGGAGAUACACUGGAGCCCAACCUAAAGAUGUACCCAAGAAUGUGAGACUUUUGAAGUGGUUACCUCAGAAUGAUCUUUUAGCCCAUCCCAAAGCUAAAGUCUUAAUGACUCAUGGAGGUUCCCACGGUAUCUAUGAGGGGAUCUGUAAUGCUGUACCCAUGUUGAUGUUUCCACUGUUUGGGGACCAGGCGGACAAUGUACAUCGCAUGGUGUCCCGUGGUGUGGCAGAGAAACUCGGAAUGUAUGAUGUGACGACUGAAAACCUAUUGGAUGCACUAAAUAAAAUCAUCCAUGACAAAAGUUACAAAGAGAAGAUGGUGAUGCUGUCUCAGAUUCACCUGGACCGUCCUGUUCAGCCUUUGGACCUGGCUGUUUUCUGGACAGAGUUCGUCAUAAGACACAAAGGAGCCGAACACUUAAGGGUAGCUGCACAUGACUUGAACUGGAUUCAGUACCAUAGCCUGGAUGUCAUUGGCUUUUUUGUCAUCGUUCUCCUAACUGUUUUGUGGGUGACACUCAAAUGCUGCAUGUUCUGCACCCGUAAGUGUUGCAGAAAGGGGACUUCAAAGAAAAAGCAACAGUAGUGUUUCUAAUGCAACAGUCAUAAGCUUUUAUAAACUCUGUAAUGAAGUAAAUAAUGGAGGUUGAAACACUGCAAUGACAUGUCACACUAGUGUUAUGUACGUGUACGUGUGUGUGUGUGUGUGUGUGUGUGUGUGUGUGUGUGUGUGUGUGUAUACAUAUUUGACUUUGAGCCACUCUCUGGAAAACAAACUGUAAAGCUAAUAAAAACAUUUUUUUAACUUUG